AUGGCUACUGCUGAUAUCUGUUUGCCAGUCAUUCUACAUCCCAGCUACGAAGACAACGAACCUAUUCCUUUACUGGUCAAUAAGAUCUUCUCGGAUCACACCCAACUGCAAUAUGCCUACUAUGACCUCCCCUUCGUUUGCCCACCCACUGGUCAGAAACAUGGAAACUCCCCUUUCGGAUCUGGACAUAGCCUAUCCUUAAAUUUGGGAGAGAUAUUGCGGGGAGAUCGGAUCAUGACGUCGGAUUUUGAGCUGGUAAUGAAACAAGACGUCGGAUGUCGCGCGCUUUGUACCCGUGAAGUGGAUCGAAAGGCUGUCAAAUGGGGUCGUCAACUCAUCAAAGAUGGAUAUGUGGCCGAGUGGAUUGUCGACAAUCUCCCGGCAGCAACGAGUUUUGUGACUAUUGAUCGUAGCCGGAAGUACUACUCGAGCGGAUUCAAGCUAGGAUACCAGGACUUCUCACCAGCUGAUGGUCUAUCACGUAUCUAUAUUCACAACCAUUUCACGAUCGUCAUUCGAUGGCGCAAAGCUCCCGGAAAAGCAGGCGAUGAAGGGCGAAGCGUGAUUCUAGGAUUCGAGGUCUACCCUAAGAGCAUCGGGUAUGAAAAUCGAGAUGAAGAUGGAUGUCCCAAGGACGUGCACGCAGAGAACUCACAUCUGGAGCUCUUUAUUGCGCCGAAUAACAAGGAAUAUGAAGAAAAAUAUCACGAUUCAUCGUAUAUCCCGCAGCUUGGUGAGGAUGCGGAUGAUGGUGCUACGAUGAAGAUCCCGUAUACCUACUCGGUCUACUUCCGGGAAGAGACGUCAGUUGAAUGGGCGAAUCGGUGGGAUUUGUUUUUCACUGAUCAAGUCGAUAGCUCCAUGACACAUUGGCUUGCAAUUAUUAACUCGUUGACAAUUUCUGGUGUGCUCGGUGUGACUGUUAUCGUUAUCUGGGGCCGAACGGUUCAAAGCGAUGCCAAGGGACGCGGAGACUAUGUUUUAGAAGAGGGCAAGCUAAAGAAACGCCGCUCCAAGUCGCCGAAUAAGGAACCCAAAAAGCCAGACGAAGGCCUGCUAACCCAGGACGGUGAUGGCGAACCCCUGUCUGACGAUGAACUGGAAGAUGUCGCGGGAUGGAAACUUCUUCAUGCGGAUGUUUUUCGUCUUCCGGCUCAUAGUGGGCUGCUCGCACCUUUAGUAGGAUCGGGAACGCAGUUACUUUUCGUUGCGGCUGGGUUACUCAUUCUCAGCUGCUUGGGAAUAUUGAACCCUAGUUUCCGAGGCGGUUUCGUCACAGUCGGAUUUGGUCUGUUUGUAUUCGCUGGAUUGUUUUCGGGCUACUUUUCUGCUAGACUGUAUAAGACGCUAGGAGGUCAGAACUGGCGGAGCAACACCGUUAUCACGGCUUCUUUAUUCCCUGGACUGACAUUCUGUCUAAUAUUCAUGCUGAAUCUGUUUGUCUGGGCUCAAGCAUCUAGUACAGCACUCCCAUUCGGUACUUUGGUAGGACUAGUCGCUCUCUGGCUUCUGGUCCAAGUACCUUUGGUAUAUGCCGGUAGUUGGUUCGGAUACGUACGAGCAGAGCCAUGGCAACAUCCAACAAAAACAUCCCCAAUUCCUCGACAAAUUCCUCGACAACCGUGGUACCUCCGAGGUAUCAACGGGGUCAUUCUCACUGGCCUGAUUCCAUUCGCCGUCCUCUUUAUUGAGCUGCUGUUUGUCUUCAAGAACCUCUGGCAGGAUAAAAGUGGAUAUUACUACGUGUUCGGAUUCCUGAGCGUGGUCAGCACAAUCUUAAUCGUCACAGUAAGCGAAGUAACAAUUAUCGCGACAUAUAACCAGUUAUGCGCAGAGAACUACCACUGGUGGUGGCAAAGCUUCCUCACUGGCGGCAGCAGUUCCUUCUGGAUAUUCGCCUACUGCAUCUGGUAUUAUACAUUUAAACUACACAUAACCGGCUUUGUGUCGAGUUUGCUUUUCUUCAGUUAUAGCUUUUUGGCGUGCGCUGUCUAUGGACUCUUGACGGGGACGGUUGGGUUUUUGACGGCGUAUGCGUUUGUGAGGAGGAUAUAUAGGUAUGUCUGCCCCCUUUUGUGGGUGCUUUUUGAGACUUGGUACUGA